CAGGACUAAGACAUGGCAUCCCUAGAGAAUAAAGUUAUCAUAAUCACAGGAACCAGCUCUGGUAUUGGUGCCCAGACCGCCCUGUAUCUGGCCCAGUACAAGCCUAGACUGGUUCUGGUGGCUCGGCGCCAAGAGCUGCUGGAGAAGGUGGCAGCACAAUGCACGGAGAAGGGGCUUCCCAGGACAAGAUUCUAGUCCUGCCUGCUGACCUUUCCAAGAUGGAGGAUUUGGAUAAGAUUGUCUCCGAGACGAUUAAAAAGUUCGGCCAGAUCGACGUUCUGGUCAACAACGCAGCUGCAAUGGCCGGUAUGACAGGAGUGGGCAAGUACACACCCGAGGCGUACCAGAAGAUAAUGGAUGUCAACCUGAAGGCUCCCAUGUUCCUCUCACAGGCAGCUGUGCCGCAUCUGAAAAAGACCAAAGGGUCUAUUAUCAACAUUUCCAGCACAGGGGCAACUGAAGCAACGCCAUUCCUCACGAUACACUGCGUCAGCAAGGCGGGACUGGACCAGUUCACAAAGUGCCUAGCUCUCGAAUUGGCUCCAUUUGACGUCAGAGUCAACUCAAUCAGACCCGGGCUGAUCUUGACAGACACGAUGACCAGCAUUCCGGACAUGGCAGAAAAAAUGAAGGAAAUGGGAAAGUCUAGUCAGCCACUCCGAGGUAUCGGGGAGGGUGUGGAUAUUGCCAAAAUCGUCAAGUUCCUGGCCAGUGACGACGCUGGCUUCAUGACCGGAGAAAGCUUGUACGUCGACGGCGGACGCCAUCUUAUUGGCGCGUCGGCAUCCGUGAAGAUGGAUUAG